AUGGCGAACCCACCCUCGCCGCUGCACCUCCUCCAGCUGCUCGUCCACAGACCACGCUUCCUCGCACUCGUCCUCAUCCCCGUCCUCUUCUUGCUCUUCAAAUGGCAGUCGUCCCCUUCCGGCGCGCCCUCUCUGUCUCCGGAUGACCCCAGAUUUGUGAGGGUGAAAGAAGCGCCCCAAGGCGGCUCCUGGGAAGCGCUCGCGGAUGUCGAUGAAGAGUGGGAGUAUAGCGAUGACGGGGCUGGGGGCAAAUGGGGUUCGGGAGUUUCAGAUUGGCUGGGGUGGAAGCAGGAGGAAAAGCAGGUGGUAUUGGUCACUGGAGGUUCUGGACAGCUAGGUCAAGCGCUCAUACCGUUGCUUCUCCUCAACUACACAAUCCACGUCCAAGACAUCGUCCCUCGCCCGUCCACCCUCCCCGAAUCAGUCAUCUACCACCGCACCCUCUCCCCCACCGACACCUACGCCGACCUCUUUGCUUCCUACUCUUUCGACGGCGUCAUCCACCUUGCCGGCGUUUCGCUCGACUCUUGGUGCUCUGCCAAAGAAGAAGAAUGUCGUGCAGUCAACGUGGAGGGUACUCGUGCUCUGAUGCAGCAGGUCGUGGGGCUACAGGGCGAUAAGAAAAGAGGCAGGAUGUGGAGAGAUAUCAAAGUGCCCUGGGUCAUCCUCGGCUCGACGAUGGACGUCUACGGGCCUGACGUCGGCGCGAGCGAAGACUCGGAUAAAGAGCCUGCCACUGCGCUCGGCAGGACAAAGCUCGAGGCAGAGCAAGUCUUUGUCGAGUCUAUCAUUUCUGACGAUGGAAGUCUGAAAACGCGCGGGAUGAUUUUGAGAGUACCCCAGGUGUAUGGCUACCACCAGAUGUCUUCUAUCCCCGAGACGUUUGUCACUGCCCUCCUCGCCAAUGCUUUGACAUCACUUCCUAUACAGUUCUCCUCAUCGAGAAAACCGUAUGAUCUGCUGCACGUGCAGGAUGCUCUGGCGGGGUACCUGAAAGCUAUCAGCUGGAUCAGCACCGACGGACCCCUCUCCGAGGUUCCUGACGUCAACCUCGUCACCGGCAAACGCACUCCUGCAAGGGAGGUGGUAGAGCUGGUCAGGAAAGAGACCAACUCGAAAUCUCCCGUCCGCGAUAUCGGAGACAACUCCAACCCUGAAGCGCCCCAGUACAAUCCCGGCAAGGGCAAAAGCUUCCUCGACUGGGAGGCGGAGAUUACGCCUCUGAUCGGGAUGAGUAUGGCCGUCACCCAGCUUUCGGAUGAUAUCGCUGCCUAUUCCCGGGCUUACCUUCAUGCCCACUGCCCCCCGUCCCCCGAUUUCCCGGCAAAGGACGGCGACCUCUCUGUCGCUUUCGUAGAAGAUGAGCGCAACAAGCCUCUUUGGAAGCUGGAUGGUUGUACUGUCAACGUCGGGUUCAAUCACAACAAUUACUUGCAUCACGUCAAGUGCGAAGAUGGCCUGCAUUGUCGGGCCGACGGCGUCAAGGUGACGGCGAUGAAUUGGAACCAGAGUGUGUGGAUUGUGGAGAAGGUGGACGGGAGCAAGAAGCAAAAGGAGAGGGUGGUGAGGAUCAGGCUCAAGGAAGAGUCUGGUAUGGGAUACCUGAGGAGGACAACCCAGGAGGAAGGGGCGGAGAUGCAGUUUGAGCUGUCAAAGGAGAAUGGGCCGGAUACCGUAUUUGACUUAGAGGUGCGACGUGAUUCAUCCCACCUCCGUCUUCUCAUCCCCGGCACCGACUUGCAAGUCCGCGCUCUUGCCAAUCAAGACGGGACAACUACGUUCACUGCCGAGCCGUUGACCAGAUUUGUCGACCCUCACUUUGACAUGCGGAUGAAUGUGCUUUGCUGUUCUUCGGAGGGUGAUUGGCCUUUGCUGUUGGAUGAUUACGAAUCCGCCGAUAUCCGGUUCGGUAAUACCGGCCAGAUCUCUUUCGAGUCUUCUCGCCGCUCCCAUCUUUGCCUCCGCGCCGAGCAAGCCGUCAAAUACAACUAUAUCCGUCUCAGCACCGCCAAACAAGCCGUUAGCAAAGUCACUGGUACCGCCGGACACGCUUUCUUUGGCGAGGCUGGGCCGCCUACGGACCCCAGACCAAACGAGUGGGCGCUCAAGGAUCUACCGGUGUGCUGGAACGACUGCGACAGCCCGACGAUUUGCGUGCAGACUGGUAUCUGCAAGUGCGUCCAGGCAGACCACUGUGCAAUCCGCCGGGAGAACCCGCUUUUGAAGCUGUACCCCACCAACAAGGUUGCCGAGCCUGUCAAGUCUGAUCUGGGCUCGUUCGCUGGCCAUUCUGCUCAUCUCAGCAACGCCGUCUCUUCCAUCAACUGGCAAGACAUUCUUCUCCCCGCCGCCCGUGCUUACCUCAAGGCCAGCCCCGAGUUUCCCAAGCUGCAUGUAGCGGACGGUUACGACGGGCAAGAAGCGAUUGAAGCUGCCGACUGCCACAAAUUGCAGGAUUCGCAUUGCUUUUCGGCAGACAGUAUUCUGUAUAGGGGUAUGAGGCACUUGUCGGUUUCAAAGGAGCAGGCAGAGCUUGUGGUUCUCCCUGUAUACCAGCAAUGUACGGGCCAGCCAUUCUUGCUCCAUGAUGUCGUGCAUCAUGCGACCGAGACCAUUCCUGGGGUCAAGGAAGGUAACAAGCACCUGGCUGUGGUGUUGACGCAUGACUGGGGGAUCUGCUCUGCUUUUGCUUGGGAGAUCUGGUCUGCUCGAGACAACCACACUCUUUAUCCCGACUGGAUCCUCAACGACAUGAUCGUCUGGUCUGUCAUGGGCGAUUACGAUUCCCCAUGCUAUCGUCCGCACCAAGAUGUCGUCAUCCCAGCCCGUACCUGCCGCUCCUAUACCCUGCGCGAGACUUUCCCCACAGUGGAAUCCAUCCAUCCCAUGAACACUCGACCCAACUUGCUCACUUGGUCGGGCACUUACUGGGGCACGGGCAAGAGUGAUAGGUUGAGGAUGACUUGUGACCGUGGUGGGGCUGGGGAUAGAGAGCUGAUCAAGGGUGGCGGUAAGCAGAGCAACUUUGGUAGUUGGGAUUACAUGAAGGAUCUCAGUAAUGCGAGAUUCUGUCCCCAACCCCGAGGUAUUGCGGGCUGGUCUCCUCGAACCAACGACGCCAUCUGGGCAGGUUGUAUACCCGUCCUCAUCGCCGAAGGUUCCCACUAUCCCUUUGCCGAUUUCCUCGACUGGUCCAAAUUUUCCGUCCGCGUGGCCCCCACCGAGCUCGACAAGAUUGAGAGGAUUCUCGCCGCGAUCCCGUUGAGCAAGGUGGAGGAGAUGCAGGCCAACUUGGUCAGCGUCAGAGAGGCGUUUGUUUAUGCAGGGGAUGAAAAGCCGGAGGAAGAGCUGGAGAGACGGGGACCAAUGUUCUUUGCUUUGCACGAGGCAGCGUUGAGGAUGCGGACGCGAUACCCUAUAGCGUCAGAGAAUCCGUAG